GGUGGGGGAUAGAGAGGUCAUUUUCAAGGGUAGAGGGUAGCUGGAGCAAAUUUGGGUGCCAAUAGCAAUUUCUUUAAGUUUGGGAGGUCCACGAGGCCACGAUAGAAAUGAACCAAUUUGAAGGAAACAAACAAAUUAAAGCUGUAAAAAUCAAUAAUAUCCAAUUAUUACCCCGUGUUCUUUUAGAAAUUGAAUGGAAUCAUGUGUACUGCACUAUAAAUGACCACCAAAUAAAUGGUUUAUUUAACAAAGUGGAAUCCAUGUCUUCAAACAAGUAGCACGAAGGACAUCAAAACCAUAGUUCACCGAAGGACGCUAGUUUAAAUUUCAUCCUUUUAGUGAACUUCAAUGUAAUUAAAUAAAUCAAAGGAUGGGAUAUACAUGUUGUUUGAAGACUCAUUGGACGGUAACGCAAAAUAAAGUAACAUUAUAGUCAAAUCCAAAAUGUUAAUUUUAUUAGAGUCGACCAUCACGGCACGAGAAGUCAUCAGAGUGGUUGAGUUAUUUGUUCAAGUUGACAAUUUAACAAUUCUCGAAGAUAAAAUGAAACUUCGAGGAAGAUGAUAAUGUCAGUUUCGUGUGCUGAGUUAUUUAAGAAAUAAAAACUUCUAUUUAUUUAUUUAUUUAUCAUACGAAAUCUUGUCUUGAAACUUGUGUAUAUGUAAGAUGGUGUUUGGCUUCAAUUUUAUAUUGUGAGCUAAUUCAAUUGAGCAUAGUGGGAAUACAAUGUCCUCCUCUUCCUUUAGCUAUGGAUGGAAAUAUGAUGUGUUCCUCAGCUUCAGAGGCUCUGAUACUCGCCAUGGUUUUACUGGUCAUCUCUACAAAGCUCUGUGUGAUAGAGGAAUCCACACCUUCAUUGAUGAUGAAGAGCUUCAAAGAGGAGAAGAGAUCACACCAUUACUUGUCAAGGCAAUUGAAGGGUCCAGGAUUGCCAUCCCUGUGUUCUCUAAGAACUAUGCUUCUUCCACUUUUUGCUUAGAUGAACUUGUCCACAUCCUUGCCUGUGUUAAGGAAAAGGGUACACUGGUUUUACCAGUUUUUUAUGAGGUUGAUCCCUCUGAUGUACGACAUCAAAGAGGUAGCUACAAAGAUGCACUGAAUAGCCAUAAGGAGAGGUUCAAUGAUGACCAAGAGAAAUUGCAGAAAUGGAGGAAUUCUCUGAGUCAAGCAGCUAACUUGGCUGGUUAUCAUUUCAAACAUGGGAUUGAAAAUGAAUAUGAAUAUGACUUUAUUGGCAACAUUGUUAAAGAGGUCUCCCAAAAAAUUAAUCGCACUGUUUUGCAUGUUGCGGAUUACACCGUUGGACUGGAGUUUCGAAUGAAAGAAGUAAACUCGCUUUUGAAUUUCAAAUCUGGUGGAGUACACAUGGUAGGGAUCCACGGAGUUGGCGGAGUAGGCAAAACAACACUUGCUCGAGCAAUUUACAAUUUGAUUGCUGAUCAAUUUGAAGUAUUGUGUUUUCUUGAUAAUGUGAGAGAAAACUCAAUUAAAAAUGGAUUGGUGCAUCUCCAAGAGACACUUCUUUCUAAAACAAUUGGAGAGAAGGGUAUUAAGUUAGGAAGUAUCAACGAAGCAAUUCCAAUAAUAAAGCAUAGGCUCCACCGAAAGAAGGUUCUUUUGGUUCUGGAUGAUGUUGACAAACCAGAUCAGUUGCAUGCAAUUGCUGGAGGGAUGGAUUGGUUUGGUUCUGGUAGCAGAGUCAUCAUUACCACUCGAAACAGACAUUUACUAACAUGCCAUGGGGUUGAAAGCAUAUACGAGGUUCAUGGGUUAAAUCAUAAAGAAGCUCUUGAAUUGCUUAGUUGGAGUGCUUUUAAAACUGGCAAAGUUGAUCCAUGCUAUGUGAACAUUUUAAACCGUGCAGUAACUUAUGCUUCUGGCCUUCCAUUGGCUUUGAAAGUAAUUGGCUCCAACUUGAUUGGAAAAAGGAUAGAAGAAUGGGAAUCUGCCUUAGAUCAGUAUCAAAGAAUUCCUAAUAAAGAUAUUCAAGACAUACUUAAAGUAAGUUUUGAUUCUUUAGAGGAAUAUGAACAGAAUAUUUUUCUUGAUAUUGCCUGUUGCUUCAAAGGAUAUCGUUUGUCAGAAGUUAAAGAAAUACUUUUUAGUCAUCACGGUUUCUGCCCACAAUAUGGUAUAGGAGUGUUGAUCGACAAAUCUCUCAUAAAGAUUGAUUGCUUUGGUAACGUGACAUUGCAUGACUUGAUUGAAGACAUGGGUAAAGAAAUUGUCCGAAGGGAAUCACCAGAAGAGCCUGAAAAUCGCAGUAGGUUAUGGUGUCCUGAAGAUAUAGUUCAAGUCUUAGAAGAAAAUAAGGGUACUAGUAGAAUUCAAAUGAUAGCUCUGGAUUAUCUCAAUUAUGAAGAAGUAGAAUGGGAUGGAAUGGCCUUCAAGGAGAUGAAUAACCUCAAAACACUUAUCAUUAGAGGUGGUUGCUUUACCACAGGUCCCAAACAUCUUCCAAAUAGUUUAAGAGUAUUAGAAUGGCGGCGAUAUCCUUCACCAUCUCUACCAUUUGAUUUUAAUCCGAAGAAACUUGUCUCACUACAGUUACCUGAUAGUUGCUUAACGUCUCUCAAUUGGCUCAACUCAAAGAAUAGGUUCUUGAAUAUGAGAGUUUUGAAUUUUAAUCAGUGUCAUUAUAUAACAGAGAUACCUGACGUAUGUGGUGCCCCAAAUUUACAAGAAUUAUCAUUUGAAUAUUGUGAGAAUUUAAUUAAAAUUCAUGUAUCGGUUGGAUUCCUGGAUAAACUUAAAAUCUUGGAUGCUGAUGGCUGCAGCAAGCUUACAAGUUUUCCACCAAUGAAAUUGACCUCUCUUGAAGAACUUAAACUUUCAUUUUGUGCUAAUCUUGAGUGUUUUCCAGAAAUAUUAGGGAAGAUGGAAAAUGUCACUUCCCUUGAUAUUAAAGACACUCCCAUAAAAGAACUGCCAUCUUCAAUUCAACAUCUCAGUCGACUUCAAAGAAUUAAACUGAAGAAUGGUGGAGUUAUUCAGUUACCAAGUACCUUUUUUGCAAUGAAAGAACUUCGUUAUUUGCUUGUUAACCAAUGUGAGGGGUUGCUACUACCUGUAGAGAACGAAGGGAAAGAACAGAUGAGCUCAAUGGUGGUUGAAAAUACCAUUGGUUAUCUUGAUCUUUCACAUUGCCACAUAUCAGACAAAUUCCUUCAAAGUGGUCUCCCUUUGUUUUCCAAUGUGAAAGAACUAUACCUAAAUGGGAAUGAUUUCACAAUUCUUCCUGCCUGCAUUCAAGAAUUUCAGUUUCUGACAGAACUUUAUUUGGAAGCUUGUGAGAAUCUUCAUGAAAUUGGAUGGAUUCCACCGAAUUUAGAAAUAUUCGCUGUAAUAGAUUGCACAUCCUUGAAAGAAUUAGACCUCACACUUCUUCCCACAUGGAACAAAGAAUGUUGCCUUUUAAGGAAGCUUCUUUUAUGUGGAUGCCGGAAUCUUGAAAAACUUAAAGGGAUUCCACUGAACAUAGAAGAAUUGAUUGUAGAAUCCUGCAAUUCCUUGAAAGAUCUAGAUCUUACUCUUCCUCCUUCAUGCACCCGACAAUGUCGUAUUUUGAGUAAACUUAUAUUGGAUAGUUGUAUGGAUUUUGAAGAAAUAAAAGGGAUUCCAUCCGACAUUGGAGUAUUUUCUGCAAGAGAAUGCUCAUCCUUGACUUCUGAGUGUAGAAGCAUGUUACUUAACGAGGAAUUACAUGAAGCCGAUGGGUUCAAAGAGUUUAUUUUGCCAGGAACUAGAAUUCCCGAGUGGUUCGAGUGUACCAAUGAAUCAUCAAUUUGUUUCUGGUUUCGUGACAAGUUCCCUGCGAUAUCUGUCUGUGUAGUUUCUGAACCAAUGGAUUCAGAUGUAACGUUCAGCUUUAUCAUCAAUGGUGUGGAACAUUUACCAAAGGGUGCUAUCUCUUUGGACCUAUGCGUUGAUCAUCUGUGGAUUAUUGAUCACAUAGAGGAACUAUUCAAUGACUGUGUUCUUUCGGAAAAUGAAUGGAAUCAUGUGGUGUGUACUACAUCAUGGGUACCCCAACCAAUCAAACAAAUUGGAAUCCAUGUAAUCAAACAAGGAAGCAACUUGGAGGAUAUCCAAUUUACCAAUCCACUAUUGUCCAAAGAAGACCCAGAUUUUCGCAUACAACAUGAUGAUUCAAGGAAACGAAAAAGACAAGAGUGACUGUCUUCUCCCGGAGAUGAAGUAUCUUCCCGUUGAUUGAUAAUAAAAUUUUGUGGUUUUAGGACACCUUGUUUUGAUUAUAUAUUGUGCAAUGUUAUGUAUUCCCAAUAUAAUUACAGGAGGUGCUAUGGAAGAUUAACAUGUAAUUUUUUGAUUGAAACCACGUAACAUAUCUACAUUUUAUUCAUUGAGACUAAUAUAAUGUACUUGUUCGAAUGAAUUUGAAAAUCGAUAUAUUUAUGCAUUUA